UCUCCCUGUCUGCCUCCCUCCUGAAAAUAUCUCUAUCAAAACGCUCACAAAACGCCAUCCCCCACACCUACAAUCUCACAAACCAAGAAUCCCAUAACAGCAAUUACAGUUCCCACCACACCAUCCUCUUCAUCAACAACACAAACUAGCUACUGAAUUAAUGAACCGAAUCCACUUCCUUCUUCUCUCACUAUUUCAUUUCAGUUUCGCCCUCUUCUCCUGAUCCUCCUGUCCCGUCUGUUUCUCCGGGUGACCACAAAUAUUAAGCCUCUCGCAACCCUAAAAGUUUCAGACGUAGAACCAUGUCCUCGGAUGACUCUCUCAGAUCUCUAUCUAUGGACUAUCUCAACCUGCUCAUCAAUGGCCAAGCCUUCAGCGACGUCACUUUCAGCGUGGAGGGUCGCCUGGUUCACGCCCACCGCUGCAUCCUGGCGGCUCGAAGCCUCUUCUUCAGGAAAUUCUUCUGCGGUCCUGACCAACCGUCCGGGCUGGACCCGGCCUCAGGGUCGCGGGUGAACUCAUCUACCUCUCCGUCGAGGCCCGGGGUCAUUCCGGUGAACUCUGUGGGCUAUGAAGUGUUUCUGCUUCUGCUUCAGUUCUUGUACAGUGGCCAAGUCUCUAUUGUGCCUCAGAAGCACGAGCCCAGGCCUAAUUGCGGCGAAAGAGGUUGUUGGCACACGCAUUGCACCUCUGCCGUUGAUCUCGCCCUUGAUACUCUCGCUGCCGCUAGAUCUUUUGGCGUUGAGCAGCUCGCAUUGCUUACUCAGAAACAAUUAGCCAGCAUGGUUGAGAAGGCCUCCAUUGAAGAUGUGAUGAAAGUGCUUCUAGCUUCUACAAAGCAAGACAUGCACCAACUCUGGACUACUUGCUCACACCUUGUUGCCAAGUCCGGUCUCCCUCCUGAAGUCCUCGCCAAACACCUUCCCAUCGAUGUCGUUGCUAAAAUCGAAGAGCUUCGUCUCAAAACCUCCCUCGUUCGUCGCUCCCUAAUCCCCCACCACCACCCCCACCACCAUCACGACCAUAUCAGCGCCACCGCAGAUCUCGAGGAUCAGAAAAUCCGCAGAAUGAGAAGGGCACUUGACUCCUCCGAUGUUGAACUCGUGAAGCUCAUGGUUAUGGGGGAAGGCUUAAAUCUGGACGAAGCAUUGGCCUUACACUACGCCGUAGAGAACUGCAGCCGCGAAGUCGCCAAGGCCUUGCUGGAGCUGGGUGCAGCUGACGUCAACUACCGCGCCGGACCAGCCGGCAAAACCCCACUUCAUCUUGCCGCCGAGAUGGUGUCACCGGACAUGGUGGCGGUCCUCCUCGACCACCACGCCGACCCGAACGUCCGGACCGUAGAUGGGGUUACCCCUCUUGACAUCCUGAGAACCCUAACUUCUGAUUUUCUGUUCAAGGGGGCCGUCCCUGGGCUUGCUCAUAUUGAACCCAACAAAUUAAGGUUGUGUUUGGAACUGGUCCAAUCCGCAGCUCUAGUGCUGUCCCGUGAGGAAGGCAAUGCGAAUCCUCCUUCGUCAACGGCCAUUUAUCCCCCAAUGAACGAAGACCAUAACAGCAGUAGUAGCAACAGCAAUAUCGCGAACCUUAAUCUGGACGCCAGGCUGGUUUACCUGAACCUGGGUGCGACGUCGUCGUCGGGGCAAAUAGGUUCGAGAUUGGACGGCGACGAAGAUAGCAGCCACAAUAGCCAGAACCGUCAUGGCUCCCAAGGAGGCAUUUCAAGGGUCGGCAUUUGAAGUGGAGUUCAUAGGAGAUAUAUGGGAUCAGAGUCAGCGACAAGGAGAAUCUGAUCAGUUUUUGCUGUAAGAGAAAAGGGCGUGCAUGAAGGAGACGCAGGUCAAUCUUUUCAAAUCUCUCUCCUUUCACCUGUCAACUCCUUCAUUUGUAUUUACUUCUCGUCCCUUAGCUAAUAUUACGGCCCUUUUAAUUAUUUCUCUUGUCGUCCCUCGUCCCCACCUUUCUCAUUUAAUUUCCCUUGUAUAAAAGCUAACCUACAUUUCUGGGGACGUCUUUGUUUAAUCAGUAUAAUUUUGUCACUUUUUUGGGGGUUUAAUUUACAAGGGGUUUAGUUCGAACAUGGUUACUUCAUACGUAUUCUCUAGUACUAUAAUCGAGCAUCAGCUAGCUGUCCAUUCUGUUCCCACCUAAUGUCAUAUUUUCCCCUCCUUCUGGCUUUGUGGUAGGCCUUUGGAGAAAUUCAAUGGGUUCGAAGGUGAUUAUUAUUUUAAUAAAUAAUGCGGCUGAGGGACAAAUUGAUUGGUUGUCUUACAUUAUGUGCAACAAUGAGUGUGAUUACACAAUAGGCUGCACUUUCUCCUUCGAAGCAAUAAUCCUCGUUUUGUCCACUUGCUCAUGCCUUUUUAAGGCCUCCGGCUGAAAAAAACCCAGCUAAUAAAAGUAUAUAAUUACAUCAUGUUGCGUGAUCAUUUCUUUAAUACUUUGAUU